GUUAUAACCACUUCAUUUCUCUCAAUUCACUAUAAUGGCCCCUAAGCCGCCAUCUGGCACGUCUGCCAGAGCUUGGGAUGGUGUCAACCCCCCUCUGUCGGAAUGGGUGCUCGACGCUGUCUCAUCUAUGGGCUUCACCCGCAUGACGCCCGUCCAGGCGUCUGCUAUCCCUCUGUUCAUGGCGCAUAAAGAUGUCGUGGUGGAAGCCGUUACUGGUAGUGGGAAAACGCUGUCGUUUUUGAUUCCCGUGGUGGAGAAGCUCUUGCGACUCGAAGAGCCCAUGAAGAAGCACCAUGUCGGGGCGAUCAUCAUUUCGCCGACGAGAGAACUUGCGUCUCAAAUAUAUAACGUGCUUACGUCUCUACUCGCCUUCCAUCCUCCGUCCGCCGCUGCGAUCAAUCCUCCCGAAGACGGCAAUGCGCCGCGCCAGAAACACUCUGCCCUCAAGGUCGUCCCACAACUCCUCCUCGGCGGUUCGACUACCCCAGCGGAAGACUUGAGUAGCUUCCUGAAGAGAUCGCCGAACGUGCUAGUGUCAACCCCGGGGCGGCUGUUGGAGCUCCUCUCGUCACCCCACGUGUACUGCCCGCAGUCGUCGUUCGAAAUGCUGGUCCUCGACGAGGCAGAUAGGCUGCUGGACCUUGGGUUCAAAGAGACUCUGCAGAACAUCUUGCGUCGGUUGCCGAAACAGCGACGCACUGGGUUGUUCAGCGCUAGUGUCAGUGAGGCUGUGGAUCAAAUUGUCCGAGUCGGUCUGCGCAAUCCCGUCAAGGUCAUGGUCAAGGUCAAAGGGACAGCAGGAGUCCAGGAUAAACGCACACCCGCAAGUUUACAAAUGACCUACCUCACUACUCCCCCCAGGCACAAAUUCCUCGCGCUAAAGCACAUCCUCGCCUCCAUUGAACCCACUCCCCAAAAGACGAUAUUCUUCGUCUCCACCUGCUCUGGAGUGGACUAUCUCUCCGCAGUCCUCCCCUUAAUACUGGGCGACGACGUAUCUUUAAUACCUCUGCACGGGAAACACCAGGCCAACGUCCGCCAAAAGAACUUCACCCGCUUCAUCAACUCCCCCACCCCAGCAAUCCUCCUAACGACAGACGUCGCCUCGCGCGGACUAGACAUCCCCUCCGUGGACCUCGUCGUCCAAAUCGACCCGCCCUCCGACCCCAAGACCUUUAUCCACCGCUGCGGUCGUGCCGGCCGAGCCGGCCGCAGAGGCAUAAGCGUGGUACUCCUCCACCCCGGCCGCGAAGAAGACUACGUGUCUUUCCUAGAAGUCCGCAAAACGCCCGUCGUGCCGUUCCCCCACCCCAUCUCGAUCUCGGACGCCGAAGCAGACGAAGCCACGGACACCGCCCGCCAAGCGAUCCUCAAAGACCGCACCCUGCACGAUCGCGGGCAGCGCGCCUUCGUCAGCUGGCUGCGCAGCUACAGCAAGCACCAAGCGAGCAGCAUCUUCCGCGUGUCCGACAUAGACUGGGAAGCUCUGGGCAAGGCAUGGGCGCUGCUGAGACUGCCCAAGAUGCCCGAAUCAAGGGAAUUCAAAGGCGAUCGCACCCUCGGCGUCAGUGUCGAAUGGGACAAGUUCGCCUACAAGGACAAGCAGCGGGAGAAGCAACGCAAAGAGGCCCUCCAGGAGGCAGCCGAGGCAGCCGCCAAUCCCGAUUCCAAACCCCCCUCCGAGCAACCGUCCAACAAGCGACGAGCCAGCGAGAGCGUGGCCUGGAGCAACAACAUCGAGACCAAGAACAAGAAGCUGAAGAAGCGGGAGCUGAAGCACGCGAGGCGCGAGAACGAGAGGUGGGAGGCUAUGAGCGCGGAGGAUAAGCAGAAGGUUCUGGAGACAAGGAAGAUGGUUGAGGAUAUCAAGGCGAAGAAUGAUGAGGAGAGACGGCUUAGACUCGCUGCUGCUAAAGCUGGCGGCGAGAAGGAUAAGGCUGGUGAUGAUGGGGAGGAAUUUCAGGGGUUUGAUUGAUUGAUUGAUCGGAUUGCUAUUUGUAUCCUACCUACUUCCCACCUGCAGUGUCUGUCGCUGGU